AUGGAGGCAGUUGGUAAUGACACAAAAAUUGGCAGUUAUUCGUAUCCCUUUGCGGAUUUGGCCGAUGAGCGGACGCGUAAUUGGCCACUGGUGGAGUCUCCUUGGAAUGUGCCUACCCUGCUGGCACUUUACUUCCUGAUGGUUCACUACGGGCCCAAAUGGAUAGCCAGGUACAAGCCGCUGCAGCUGCGAGUGCCAUUAUUCAGCCAUAGUUUAGCCAUGGCAUUCCUUAAUGCACACAUCUGCCUCGAGCUCUUCACGGCGUCUAGAAAACUGGGAUAUAGCUUUAGUUGCCAGCCAUGUCGUGUGAGCUACAGCCCCCAAGAAAUGCGGUUAGCCGCGGCUUUUUGGUGGUUUUACAUCUCGAAAAUACUGGAGUUCGCCGACACAGCUUUCUUUAUCUUGCGCCAAAAGUGGAAUCAACUGAGCUUCUUGCACGUGUACCACCACAGCACCAUGUUCGUGUUCUGCUGGAUCUUCAUAAAGUGGAUGCCGACGGGUUCAGUUUAUGUGCCAACGAUGAUAAACUCCUUCGUGCACAUAGUAAUGUAUAGUUAUUAUGCGCUCAGUGUACUGGGUCCCCGCGUUCAGAAGUUUCUCUGGUGGAAGCGAUACUUGACUGGCCUCCAAUUGGUCCAGUUUACUGUCGUCUUUUUCUGGGCAUUGCAGGUGGUUAUCCAAGGCUGCGAGUACGGAACUUGGAUAACCCUAAUUGGAGCCGCCUAUAUGCUACCCUUCCUCUUUAUGUUUGGAAGGUUCUAUGUUCAAAAAUACAUGGUAUACCCAGCUGCCAAAAAAUCAUUAUAA